ACAAACCACGCCCGCGCGGUAACUCGUGUCGCGCGCUUCACAAUCAGCAUUGUACUAGUGUGCAAGUGAAAGAACCAAAAGUUACAAGCGUCUUUUUGUCACCGUUUCAGCAGGUUUACCUGACAGGAGGACUUUUUGUGUAGCAAGUUAAACUCAGGCAGAGCUCAAAGAACUGCGAGGACGUCUUCGGAACAAGCUCGUGGCUGCCGAGUUUAAACUGCUACCAGCGUGGAGAAGUUAUUGUUCGCCACUCCGUGGGGUUUAAAUUUCGGCUAACAGAAGCGCCCCAGGCCGAAGCAGGUUGUAAGCCCCGAGUGUUAUAAACCGUAAGUUAAGUCGCAAUGGCAGCUGUGUGCCAGCCACGACGGGCCUUGGCGGAAAUACCUGCUCCACAGCCCAAAAUUGCCGCUCGAAUGAGGAGGUCCUACUUGGAAAUAUUAAGUUCACGUAUGGUCCCGACCCCGUCCCCACUUCCAAGAGGAAGAAACACAGCCGCAAGCACAAAGCGUAUGCAGUCAUUGGACUUGGCAGUUGGUGGAGCGUGGAGAGGAAGGCUAGAGGAGCAGUGUGAGAAGAUGGAUGAGCACCACACACCGCUUUCCAAACAGCAGCUUGUGCAGCUCAUUAGAUCCCUCAUCUUGGUCGAACAGAGCCAAGAGCCCAGGGUCAUGGCAUCAGACCUGAAGUAUCUACAGGAAGACCUGCAGCUAAAGAAGGCCAAUGUUUACAGGUCCAUACCUUACUCACGGUUUGGAUCCAACAGGGACGCUCACUGUUACAGAAAGGCAUACCCUCACCUGGUGGCAUUCAAAGUUUCGUGUCAGGAGUGGGGCCAAGUUCUGCUGAGGAACAAAGAUUGGGACGCCGUGUUGGAGCACUCACUGAUGGCGUGGCGUUACACCAGUGAGCUGCCGCAGUGGGACACUGCGAGCCACAACGCCCUUCGAGAGCAGUGUUACAGCAUCCUGGUGGCUCACAGCCUCACCGCUCUCCAGCACUAUUCCCCCGAACCCAACAGAGGACGCGAGCUGCUCAGAAGAAUGAAGAUGGCUCAGCUGUAUAGCCAGUCAAUUGUUCCCUGCAUACAGGAGUUGCAGAGGAUAAUGGAAUGUCUCGAUGACUCAUCCAUGGAUACAAAAUGAAAGGAGAAACCGGCAAAAGAGUGCAAACUGUGGAUGACCAAAAAAAAAAGUGCUUUAUGUGUGGUGAUGGGCCAGAAACAUUGAACACAUUAGUGUUUGUGUUAAACCACUACAAUAUUCUUCCAAAGGGCACGGUGGCAAGUGCAAAAUGAACAAAAUGAAUAAUGCCGGUUUCAAAGGGUAAUAAAUAAUACUUCCUAAAUGGCUGAAAAUGGCAUUUUAA